GCAAACCGACAACAAAAUAUCGCUGUUUUAGUUGAUUUUAAGCACUUACAUGUGUGACACGCAUGACAGCUGUCGGAAACAGCAGCCGUGGUUCGCCGGUAGUGCGGGGCCGAAGCUACGGUGAGAGCAGUCUGCGAGCCCGGCUAGCGCUGACUUUAUGACAGUGUCGAGUUGAGUGGGUUUACCAGUAGAGCAGUCUGGGUUUUGUUGAGAAAGCGGCAUUUUUCAUACUGCACCACAGCAAGAGAGAAACACUGAUGACAAAGCAUGACAUCAGCUUUUCGUUUAGCUUCACGAGGGUCCAAAAACUGUCAGACUUUCCCUUCGGAGUGCAGCAUCGAAAUUAAAUGUAACGUUAAUGCUAAAUAUUGACGUUAACGCUAGCUUUGAGCUAACUAGCACCAACCUGGGCGGUUUAUGAUUUUUUUUUUUAAAGUGAAACUACUCUUUUGUUGGAAGCUACUGCCUGUCUGCAAACACCAGCCUUUAGAUUGUAGUGCUUGUGUAUUAGUAUGACUGUUAUCCAAAUGAAGUGACCUUAACUGCACUAAAACAUCUAAUGGCUGCACCUUGAGCUAAUGUAGCCAAGUUAGCUUGUCAUGUGUGUGCAGGUUAGUACCUAUGGACUACUGCUAGCUAGCUAAGUAGCCUAAGUUGGCCUGGCCUGCACAACGUUACUGUUGUUCGUUGUACAAUGUUGCCUUUUUGUUUUAACCCUUUCUUUGCUUCAAACACACUGCAGCGUUAACAGCAAGUCUUGUAGCUGAAUACGCUGCAUCCAACCCGACGAAAACAAAUUCAUAUGCGCAUGUGAUUUACUUCGUUUUGAUGCAUAUGAAGCCCUUUUUUUAUUAUAGUCACGUUUCGGUGUGUUUUCACAGUCUAAAUCGGUGUUAAAGUAAGUGCUAAAGGCUACCAUGUUUUCUUUCCUUAUCCAUAAUAGAGAUAUCCCAGAAGUAAACAGCUCAGCAGUGUCUCCUAAAAAGCUGUUGUGGAAGAGAUGGGAGCUGACAUAUUCCUUGACCACUUCGUGUAGUGCCUCAAAUGAUAUGUGCUAUAUCAAAAACCCUAGGUACUGCUCUAUGACCUCGAUUAUGGGUUUGAGGGCCAAAUACCUACCGAGGCAUGGAGCACCCCUGUAGUGCACCACACAGUGAGCUGGUUAAGGUCUUAUGAGUUUGGACAGAGUCAGGAAUGUGAACCUUCACAAGGUCCUCCACAAGCUGCAAAAGGGAAAGCUCAUUAAAGUCUAGACUCAAGAGGGUGCAUGGAUUUGAGUAGCACUGCUGCAUAGUACGAAGCAAACGUGACACAUUUUGACUUCAAAGGUCUCCUCUGCUUAACUGUCAAAGUUUAGCCAAGUACUUGUCAGCAUGUGUACUAUUUAAUGCUGAUGGGUUUUAAGUGUUGUAUGCUGCCGUUGCAGUUACACUCCCAUCCUGUGUCAUACAAAUAUCUUAAGCCACAGUAGCAUCUAUCCGGUAUGUGACUGGCUUUGUGGCUUACAUAUGAAAUGAGUUCUGGCUUCUCUGAAACGUGAUUGAGGACAGCUAUGAAUUGGCCAUUGCUGAAAAAACUUUGAUUUCUCUGCAACUUUUGCUGAGCAUUAGUAAUUCUCUGGCUGACAGGUCAUUUCAGUAAUCCAGACAUUCAUUGAUGCUCUUUUUCUUUUUUUGCAUCAGGGUACAAAGUUCAUCUUUGAAAGCUGUUAAAACUUCAAUAGGCAGUCGCAAAACGAUCUACAUUUCUAAAAGUUUGACCUCCCUAUCCUACAAGGUGAAUGUGUAAACUAAUUACUCGUGAUAUUGAGAAGUCUGCGCUCUGCUUGAUUCCCACAUCAAAGGACUGCAUUAUUUCACAGAGAGUGAAACCCCAAAAUGACUCAUCGUUGAUAAUGAUAAGCAAUAGAAGGGUUAUACUCAACAAGGUUGUAUAACCACACUGUUUAUGUGCUUUUUUAUUUUUAUUUUAAAAAUGAUCUUUUUGAUCAGUUUUAUAUUGGUAUAGUAAUAUAUUGGCUGUGUUGUUGUGCAAGCAUGCCUUUUUUUCAAACGAGAAUGUAAACCAGCAUAAUUGCAUGUUUAGGCGUGGGGGUUCUCUUGCAGUUUAUAUUGCUCUGUCAUCUAGACACAGGAUAAUCUAUUAGGCUUUGUGUCUAGGACUACCAUGCGAGUUAAGUUGCUCUGUCAGUGCCGAGCUUGCCCUCCCCUUGUGGUCUUAAUGCUCUCAGAGCUCCUGUCCAAUUCUCAGAAAGGAUCAGAGUCAGCCUACACAGGAAGGCAGGUGUGCCUUAUAUGUGCAUACCCAAAGUCUACAUAAAUGGCUUACUUUUUUGCAUGCAAAAUGAGGUAGAACCAACUGAUUAAUCUCUGGCUUAAAAAAUUGCUUUAGUUCAGCUUAUCUCUGCCUUCACUGCAACAUGCUUAUCUACAGAGGAUCAAAUUCACCAGAUAUACGCACCAAGUCUUGAGGUGAAAAGACAAUCUUUGGGAGAACGACCAGUGAAUUAGAAAGAAAAUGUUAAAUAAGAUGGCUUUAGCUCACAUUAAGUUUGGAUCACCAAAGUUUCAUAGCCUAUUUUUAAUUAAUCUGGUUUUAUUCAAGAUUAUUUUCAGCAGGUGCAGCUUCUGUUGCCAGGUAGGAUUAAAUCAGUGGUAGUAAAUGCAAGACACCACAAAUUACACCAACAGUUUAACUGACAAAUAAUGAUCUGGUUAAGCCUCAGAGAACUCAUUAUGAUUAAUAUUUGAUCACGGUAAAAUAAUUAGGCUUAUGCCUUAAUUACAAAGUGUGACCCAUCGUUUCAGCUGCAUUUCCCAUUAUUUGCACAGUAAUGCUCCUUUUUCUGGCAUUUACAGAAACUCUUUUCUAAUGGUGACUAUAAAUUAAACAUCAGAACAAAGUAGAGUUCAUGGGUGGAGUGGGGGUGUGUGUGAAUGUGAAAGUACCUGUUAGCCUGUUUGUGAUUUCUUUGUAGACAGUGGUGUGUCAGUUCUUGAAAUUUAAGCAUAAGAUGUUUGUGAAGAUUCUGAGGAGAGGAUGUUUGCUGUCUCCUGGAAAGGAAAUGUAAUUUUUGUUUAUUGCAUGGGGGGAGGUUUUCUAGCGAGCAAACCGCCCUGGUGCACACUCAAAAUGGUUUGUAGGGUGUAGGGUUGUUCAAGGUCAGCAACCUGUCAUCCAGGGUCAGUUCCAGGAUUACAUUUACACCAAAACCAACAUCAUACAUAAGUAAUACAUUACUCUUUGAUUCAAUGUUUUUUGAGCUGUUACUUGCAUGAGCACAGUGAUAAUACUGUUUGUUACAAGAAGUGCACUACUUCGGCUUCACUGAAAGGUUGACAUACAGUUUCCUGUGGUUGUAUUUGCAAUACAAGCUCCUAAGCUGUGGUUACACUAUACUCUCCAACAGUCAAUGGGAGGUUUGUGCAUGUGUGAUGUUGAAGAAGAUCUUGUGUUGUUUAAUCAGUGUGCUUUAGAACUUGAAUCUGGCUUUUGCUUUCUGAGAAGUAUUUCUGUAAAUGGUCUCUAACCACCACUGGAACACAGUUAGGACUGAGUAAUGCACAACAAAUGGCUGUUCAAGCAAGACGCAGAGGUCCUUACAGCAUUUCCGUUUUUGGUAUUCAGCUCAUCUUUACCUGCUCUACUGUUUGAAGACUGGCGCUCUGCAGGGCAGCAGCCUGCAGCUCAACAACUGGAGGGGAUAAUUUUAAAUGUUGAGAAUCAACGUUAAGACUUUGGUUUUGCUUUCUGAUUCUUAAGCACAUGGUACAAAAGUUGGAACUGAUUGUAUGUCUAUACAGCUGCAGUUCUUUGCUUGGACAGCAUGGAUGCUCUCUUUGAAUCCGGUUGACUGUCUCUCACCUCAUCCCCUCCUUCCUGUCUUUUCAGUAGAAGGAGGGUGGGGGAUUAGUGUGGUGUCCCCUGCCUCUCCUUGUAGGGUAGGCUAGUCUACCUAGUUACCACCGCUGUUACUCUUUUCCGUUGCCCUGUGCUCCUACUAACUGUACCCCUCCAUACCUUCUCCCUCUUCAUGAAAUCCUGUCAAAGCCUCAAGGAAGAGGUUUCCAUCCCUAGUCUUGGCGGGAUGUCACAGGAGGAAGGACGCAGGGCACCGGUGUCCCAGUCCUACUUUCACUCUCCUAACCCAGACCUGGACUUGACAGGAAAGAUUUAUAAGAGGGAGGUUGGUGGCAAGCCUUAUUCUGUGUUAGUGGACAAUAAAAUGGCAGCCAAGACAUCCAUGGGAGAGCAGAACAUUGGUCAACACCAACAUCAGCAGUAUUUCAGAGAAGGGGGGGCUGGGCAGGAGGUGGGGACACAGGGGUCCCAGGCAGGCAAUGAUGGAUCCUCUGAUGAUACUGAAGAUGAUGAUGAAGAUGAGGAGGAAGAAGAGGGUGAGGAUGGUGAGGAGAGUUUCAAGCGUGAGCAAAUCAUUGUGGAGGUCAACCUGAACAACCAGACACUUCAUGUAUCCAAAGGGGACAAUAAAACUGGAACCACAGUAGAUGACUCUGAAAGAGCUGGAAGUGAUGAUGACGACGAUGAAGAGGAGGAGGAAGAAGAGGAGGAGGAGGAGGAAGAUGAGAGCCCUGAGGAGGAUGAGGAGGAAGAUGAGGAGGAAGAUGAUGUUGAAAGUCAAAGAACGCGGUCAAAGAGAACCCGUCGAGGGUCUAGUAGUGCAGCUGCUUCCAGCCAGCCACGGAGGAAAAGUCUGCGAACAGCUCUGGGUGCUACCCCUGCUGGAAUGACCACCAGAGGGCGACGGAAACGCACAGAGCCUCCAAAGAGCAAAGGCAGGUCAGCUAGGUCAGCUCCAUCCUCUUCUCCUACUGUACCAUCAGGAGGGAAAGCAGAGGUGGAGGAGAAGGAGAUGCUGGCAUGUGAAAAAUGUCCUCGAGUAUUCAACACACGCUGGUACCUGGAGAAGCACAUGAAUGUUACACACAGACGAAUGCAGAUCUGUGACAAGUGCGGCAAGAAGUUUGUCUUGGAGAGUGAGCUAGCCUUGCACCAGCAGACUGAUUGUGAGAAGAACAUUCAGUGUGUUUCCUGCAGCAAGUCUUUUAAGAAGCUCUGGUCAUUGCAUGAGCACAUCAAAAUUGUGCAUGGCUAUGCAGAAAAGAAGUUCUCAUGUGAAAUCUGUGAGAAAAAAUUCUACACUAUGGCUCACGUCCGAAAGCACAUGGUUGCUCAUACGAAGGACAUGCCAUUCACCUGUGAAACGUGUGGGAAGUCAUUUAAGCGCAGUAUGUCUUUGAAAGUUCACUCACUCCAGCACUCUGGAGAGAAGCCCUUUCGUUGUGAGAACUGUGACGAACGGUUCCAGUACAAGUACCAGCUGCGCUCCCACAUGAGCAUUCACAUCGGACACAAGCAGUUCAUGUGCCAGUGGUGUGGCAAAGACUUCAACAUGAAACAGUACUUUGAUGAGCACAUGAAGACACACACAGGGGAGAAGCCUUUCAUUUGUGAGAUCUGUGGGAAGAGCUUCACCAGCCGACCCAACAUGAAACGCCACCGCCGCACCCACACAGGCGAGAAGCCCUAUCCCUGCGAGGUGUGCGGCCAACGCUUCCGCUUCUCCAACAUGCUCAAAGCACACAAAGAGAAGUGUUUCCGGGUCACCAGCCCCGUUGUUCUGCAGACUAGCGGCCCACCUGUGCCUGUCCGGAUCUUUUCCAACACCUUCUCCUCAUCUUCCUCAACCUCUGGCCCUGGGCCCUCAACUGCCACCCUGGCCACCACCUCAGCAACCAUGGGCCUCAACCCAACAGGAGGGUCUAUUCCUCCUCAAGGCACUGUGGGGCACACAUUUUCCCAUGUGCCACUCCACUCAGCGCCCUCUCACCAUCAUCCCCACCCCUCAUCAACCCAGCAGCACCUCUCAAGCACACCCCAACAUGCCCAACCUCACCCCCACCACCACCUAGCAGUGCCCCCUGUCUCCCACCUCCCCCCACCUCCAGCUCUUUUUAAGAGUGAGCCCCUAAACCACUGUGGGCACCAAGACAGCAGCUACCUGCACCACAUGGCCCCUCCCGAUAAGGGCCCCGGAGCCCCGCAGCACCACUGAACUGUGCUGCUGGUCUGUAGGCCAGCACCAAACCGCGCCUUGUUCCACGUCUUCUCAUAGUCCUGCCUCAGUUUUUUAGUUUCAAGGCCCCCAAAGCCAUGUCUACAGAGAAGGCGUAGCGUGACCAGCACCAUUACUCAGUAUGUGUCUACACAGGAGACUUCAGGCACUGAAAUCAAAUGUGUGUUUUAUAAGUGCUCAGAGUCCAAUAAACAGCACUGUAAUUACGUGCUUUUGUUUAAAACAUUUGUGUAUAUAGUGCAAGUAAAACACAAUGCAUUACACAGUUGUGCUAUGAGUACUUAUCUUUUUCCUAUUAGAAAAGGAUGAGAUGGAUCAUGAAAAAUGUGGUUGAAGCUCUUUCUGUGUGGACAUAAAGCAAAGGUGCUCCUGUCGAACAGAUUCAUGUAACUCAAACUAAACUUUACACACCCCUGUGUGUUCUGAAGAUACAGACUUAUGUACCCUCAGUGUACACAUCAUGUAACACCUCUACUUUAAUAUCCUGCUCAACUGACAAAUAUUUUCUUCAACAAUUUCUUCUACAGAAAACAAUUUUAGUGCAAGUUCUCAGUCUGUACAUUAUUUUCAUCAAAAGCUGCUGAUGGAAGUCGUCUCAUGUAUUACCUGGGCUUCACUGAUCAAAAGAUCAGUGUCACUGAUUUCUCCUUAUGUCAACUUGACCAUAGGGUUGCACAUUGGUCAGGGCUUGAGCUUUCUGUGCAGGUCCUCCCCAUAGCAAUACUGCACCUGUCCUCCUAGUUGUACUGCAGAGCCUUGGGGCCCCACAGAAACGUUUAAUGAAUGUUGUAACUGGUUCUACCUGAGCCUUUCUCUGUCUUAAGGUCAAGUCCUGGCCUUUCUGUCAGAGGGGCAACAGAAGUUGUGCAAGAUGCAGUGCCAUAGGUUACAGUAAGGAAGGGGGGAGGAACUUUGUAAAAGGACAUUUGGUCAAAAGAUUUUGUAAGUGGUUAAUUGAAUCUGGACUUAGUCUGAGAUUCAUUACAUGAUAAAAUGGUGCUUUCCAUUCCAGUACAUGAAAUAUUUCUUUUGUUUUUGCUUUUUUUCUUAAUUUUCAGAAGUAUGAACUACAUAAUAGCAUUGUAUUGUGUCAUACAGAACAUGUCUUGCCAGUUGAGCUUUUCUACUGCGCAUCCAAGGUUUGACUAGAUAUUUUGCGAUCAAGACAACUCUAGUUAUGCAGGACAUUGCCUAGGCGCGCACACACUCACUCCUCACACUUUUUCAAGCACACGCAUACACACAAAAGACCACAUGGUCACUGAUUUAUUUACUUUAAUCAGUGCUGCCUCAGCUUUCAAUACUGUUGGCCAACAGAAGCUUUUAGAUAACGGAUGACUGUCGAGUACUGCCACUGUGAGGGGCCAACCACGUGGCCCCAUCAGGAUAUAUCCCACCUCCCUUCGCUGCUGUCGAUGAUACGGGUUAUCAUGUUAAAGGUCAUUUGACACACACACAGUAUACACAACUGGGACCUUUACUCAUCAAAGUUCUUAAUGGGAAAUUAUGCAUAUUCCUCUCAGCCUAUAUUCCACGGUUUGGUGUGGGGUGGCGUUACUUUUUUAUUUUCUUUUGUACUUUGAUCGUACUGACAUACUUUGAUCCACACAGGCAAAUGCAUGUCUAAAGUUGCUGAAAGUUGCCUACGCAGAAUGAUGGCCGAUAACUCAUAUGUAUGUUUUUUUUUGUUUGUUUUGUUUUUUAUUUUUGUUUGGGGUUUUUUUUUUUUUUAUUAUUAUUUAAUUUUAAUGUCUUCUGCUCAGUUUUAAGCUAAUGAAUGCUUCUGUCAUGUAGAUAUACUGUUAUUAGCACAUGAUAGGAAAUGACAGGAUAAGAAGCAGUGGUCAUACAACUUCUAAUACUUGGAAUUCUUGUAUAGAUAAGCAUAUGUUUGAUCAAAUCAGCUAAAGAAAUUACAUUUAUUAAUGUAAUAGCCAACAGUGUGAAUGUUACUUGUGUAAAAGAAGAAAAAGGUUGGCUUGCGUUGGAAUGAAUUUGGGAUUGCUUGGUUUUCCCCUUCAUCCAGUCUGAUCGUGUGUUUAGAGUGUGUCUUUGUGCAAGUGUGUAUGAGUGCAUGCAGUCUGUGUCUGUCUGAUUGUCCCCAGUGCUCUUGUACCAAAAGCUGCUUUUACACAGUGUGCCCCAAUGUACGCCUAUUUUGGGAUACCUGACCUGAACAAUAGCAGUAAAUCUACCACGACCCUCUUUGUGUCAUUCUAAUGGUGUUCAGUCUGAAGUGGUUAAGCUCCAUUGUUUAGUCUCUUUUUGGAUUUGAGACCUGCAAUUAUCCUGCCAUUUCUGUGGGUCUUAAUACUGCUGCAUUAUUUGCUUAUCAUCCUGUCCCCUCUGGUUCACUGCUGUGAUUCAGCAUUUUGCAGUAUGGAUUUUUGUCUUUUUUUUUUCUUUUUUUUUCUUUUAAAAAAAAAAAAAAGCCUUUUCACUUGUGUGUAUUCUCUGCACUUUACUGCUGCGUGGGUGAGGCGCAGGGAAGGGAGGGAGGGGUGGGACUGACAAUGCAUUGUGGAACAGAGAGCAGUUGUGGCUGCACGGGAAAGGGCGGAGAUGGAGGUGAUUACUUUGAGUGGAUGUUUUUUAGGCAAGGAAAGGAGGAGAAUCCCAGGUGGAGGUGGGUAGUGUGAAUUGGACCAUGGCAAAAUAAAGAACAUUUUCUUUCAGUGUCUGCUCAAAUCAAAUCAUUGAAAUACACUUUUGUUUUCUCCAGUAUGGGCUCCCUUUAACGUGAAAGGGAUGUUCCUCCUGCUUUGGCGACUUUACACUAGCCCCUCCACGCACUUCUUUGUUUUUAUCUGUUCAUGGAGUUUUCCCCCUUUUCUGUGUCAUGUCUUGUUUUCUCGGUUUGCAGAAUGAUUCUCCUCCUCCUUUCUUUGUUAUAUAGAAUGCACUUUCUACUAAAUUUCUUGGGUAGUUAAGGAAAAAUAACAUUGUAUAUUCUUUAAAGAUGUUUUAAAAAAAUCAAUAUACUUUUCCCCUUUGUAUUUUUAACCACUUAAUGUAGCAUUGCGUAUUUUAUUGUAUCUGGUACAAAAUGUGCAGCUUUAUAAUGUCCUGGUUUGUCGUCUUUU